CACCGGCUUCCACUCUGGUUUCAGUCCCGGCAGAGAGACACUCACCUCCAGCAGCAGACUUCAUCGUGAAGGGGAGCUGCUUUAUUUUUUCACCCCAGCAUUCGAGUCUAAUGGACAAACUCUUUGUAAAUGCUUUUUAAGAAUCACCACUCUAGGAAGACACACACUGCAGGCCCAGGCCUAGAGUCUUAUUUGAAGGGAUUUAACUUCACUGGUGAACCGCCUUGGCUCCUCUGCACCUGAGUUACAACAACAAUAAUUCCAUCUCUUUCAUAUCCAAUUUACUAGUGAAGUGAAAGGACUUCUUGUGACCAUGAACACAACCACUCCCACUGAGUUUGAAUUCUCGUUCCUGGAGGAGGGUUUCUCUGCCAAGGAUAUUGUUGAUCAAAAGAUCAAUGAGACGUCCAUGACGGAUGACAGAGAUGCCUUCUACAUCUGUGACCUAGGGGAUGUGCUAAAAAAGCAGCUGCGCUGGGUGAGAGCCCUGCCUCGAGUCACUCCUUUCUAUGCCGUCAAAUGCAACGACAGCCGGGCUGUUGUCAUGACACUGGCAUCCCUGGGAACUGGCUUUGACUGUGCAAGCAAGACAGAGAUUCAGCUGGUUCAGUCUCUGGGAGUGGAUCCAAGCAGAAUCAUUUAUGCCAACCCCUGCAAGCAAGUUUCCCAGAUCAAGUAUGCGUCCGCCCAUGGCGUUCAGAUGAUGACCUUUGAUAGCGAAGUGGAACUGAUGAAAGUGGCACGCUGUCAUGACAAUGCCAAGCUGGUCCUUCGUAUUGCUACAGAUGACUCAAAGGCAGUGUGUCGACUGAGUGUGAAGUUUGGAGCUACACUCAAAGCUUGUCGAGGUCUUCUGGAGCGGGCCAAAGAACUGGGGCUGGAUGUGAUUGGCGUCAGCUUCCAUGUCGGCAGUGGCUGCACUGAUCCCGAGACCUACACCCAGGCUAUCGCUGAUGCCCGCUGUGUUUUCGAUAUUGGGGAUGAGCUGGGCUUCAACAUGGAUCUCCUGGACAUUGGAGGUGGUUUUCCUGGUUCAGAGGACACUGAACUCAAAUUUGAAGAGAUCACAGCAGUGAUUACUCCGGCCCUGGACAAGUAUUUUCCUGCAGACACUGGUAUCAAGAUCAUUGCUGAGCCCGGGCGCUAUUACGUUGCCUCCGCCUACACACUAGUUGUGAACAUCAUCGCCAAGAAGGUCAUCAUGGAUGACGAGUCUGCCUCUGAUGAGGAGGACGAAGGGACCAGUGACAGGACUCUGAUGUACUAUGUCAAUGAUGGAGUGUAUGGAUCCUUCAACUGUAUUCUCUAUGACCACGCUCACUGCUUGCCAACACUACAUAAGAAGCCAAAGCCGGAUGAGGCCAUGUAUCCCUGCAGUAUCUGGGGCCCAACAUGCGAUGGCCUGGAUCGCAUUGUUGAACAGUGCAGCCUGCCUGACAUGCAGGUGGGUGACUGGCUGGUCUUCGAGAACAUGGGUGCUUACACCGUGGCCGCCUCCUCCACCUUCAACGGCUUCCAAAGACCUGACAUCCACUACGUCAUGUCCCGCACUGCUUGGCAACAAGUACAGCAGAUCUGUUCCCAAGGCAUACCAGCUCCUGCGGAGGAGUCCAGCUUGUUUGAAGUGCCCGCCUGCUGUGGCAGAGAGAGCAGCUUGGAGAUGCCUACGAAGCCCUUCCAGGCUCAUGUGGUUUAAAUGAGUACUGUACAUCACACGACAGUUAUCAACAUCUUGCAUCUUUUUGUUAUCAGUUACUGGAGAAGUUUCCUUUUUUAUUCUAUUUUUUUUCUUCUCCCCAUAUGUAAACCGUGACAUUUCAAGGCCAGUUACUUGACAGGAGAAUGAGAGGGGCAUGUUGUUGCACACAUUUCUGUGUUCUGUAUGGAAGCUUUGGAUCAACCCUCAAAGUGAUGAGGCUGGAUCACACUCUUUAGUGUUCUAGGCGGAGGGUUACAGGGCGACUCUGUACUUGAACGUUUUACUGAAGUCUCUUUUUGGAGUCCGACUGUAAGACCUAGAGUACUGUAGUUUAUGAAAAUCACAUGUUCUGAAACAGGAACUGUUUCUUUGUAUAAAUAAAAUAAAAUCACAACUACUUUGCUGAAGGAUUCCAUCACCAUAAGACUCACAACACUUGAAACUGUAGCAAUAGUCCAAGUGGUGAAGGGUUCGUCAUGCUAAUCAUUUAAUACUAUUGAGCACAAUAGUAGAAAAUUCUUACUGUGAGGGUGAUUUAACAGUAAACUCCUCUACAGCCCUGUUAACAGCAGAAGUGGUUGGUAACUGCAAAGAGGUGGUCGAGGGUUGAUUUUAUUCCUCAAAAAAUGGCUGCUAUGUUUUAUUUAUAUUUUCCAAGAUCUCAGCUUCUGUACAGAACCCCUCAAGUGUUAAUCUUAAAGAUGUUAAGGAGAAAAAUAUUUAUUCUUUCUACUGAUAUUAACCAAUGUACUAUUGAGUGUUUUAUUUUGUAAAUGCCUGUCUACUGGGUAUUCACAGAACCAAUGCAACAUUUUAGGAUGUAUUAGUACAAACAGAAACUUGUCAAAAUGCAUGCAUGCAUAGUGUAACUCUGUAUUAAUGUGGCUGCAGCAUUUGAGUCAACUUUAAGCAAAUGUACAUGUUGUUCAUAGUAAGCAUGUGUAUCUUUCUUAAUGAGACACCACAGCUGCUCCGAUAACUGAAUCUUCAAGAUUAACACUUUAUAAAAAAAAAAAAAACAGGGACUCAAGAAGCAGACUGCACCUCUCCUCUUCUCCUCCUUAUUUUAUUUUGUCUUUAUUUUUUUGUAACUUGUAGAAGGCAAGAAGUCUGUUCGUGAUAAGGAGCAGUGUUUAACCACAUGUUUGAAAUGGAUACGGAAGAGACGGGAUUGCAACGUCAUAACGCUUUCCUAUGGAAACUUUUUGAAGUUUUGUAUUUUUUUAAUAAAUAAAACAUUAGGUGCAGAGCCGAA